UUAAUUUCCUGUUUGUAAAUUGAUAGUCAAAAUGUAUUAUGGCGACUUCCCGAGAACUACAUGUUAAUUCGGCAAUGAUGAAGGAGCAACCAGUAAUAUACAAUGAGUUGGCUAUAAGGGGAAAUAUGUCCAUAUUGGACUAUUGUCGUACAUUCAUGUCGGCUAUAUCUGGAUCAGCAGCAGGUAUACUUGGUCUUACUGGACUUUAUGGCUUCAUCUUUUAUUUCAUCACAGCAUUUUCUCUAUCAUUCAUGUUGUUCUUGAAGACUGGUGGACAAUGGCACAAAUAUUUCAGGAUGAGACGACCUCUCUUGACACAUGGACUGUUUGGUGGACUUUUUACAUACAUCUUAUUUUGGACAUUUCUCUAUGGCAUGGUGCACGUGUACUGACCCAAGAUUAGAACGAGACUCCAUACACCACAGAGAGCCCUCCUAAAUAUCCACCAGCCAUCAUAGCAACCAUCAUUUGCCAUCAAGAUGGAAGACGCUCUCAUCAGAUAUAAUCUUUCAAGGAAAGCGAUGUGGCAUAGGGAGGAAACCCAUUCUGGCCAUUAGCUACUGAAAUUACAUUCCCACAUAGGCAUAACCUGUUUAUUAUUAUAUUAGUUUAUUCCAUAGACUAAGCGCAGUGAUUACCAGGUUCGUUUAGCCAGUGGGCAAAUUUAGAAGAGGACAAUGUUAAGUGGUGGGGCAAGACCAACUCCCACUAAUAUAUUGAAAUCGGGCCAGUGUGGGGACGAUGAUCCUAACAAAUAUUACCGAUAGUUUGUGUAAGGUGGUGUUGAAUAUUGUCUGCUAAAUACAGGAUCGUAUUGACGAUUUAGGAAAAAGCGACAAUCCAUUGCCAUCAUUAUGUCAAAACAAAAGAAUGGGAAAUGUGGGAAAGCCGCUCCACUGUGAAAGAUACAUAGCCCCUUUAUAAUGGGAUUCAAUAGUGCCUUGUGUCUUUGACAGUAGGUUUUUCACAUUUCCCAUUCUUUUGUCUCUGAUGAAUGUGGAUUUACAAUGCAGGAUUCCUGCAUGAAAGAUGUGGCACUAACGUUCAGUAAUACCUCAGUCACAUUUGCUCUACGGCAGCCGUACGGCGAGUAGAAAACCGCCAUUUUAUUCAAACCACCUAUAUGUAACUGAUACAAAAAUGUUGAAACGGCCGUUUUCGACUCCCGUACAGCCGCCAUAGAGCAAAUAUGACCGAGGUAUAAGGAUCCUUGUGAAUUUACCAACCCCAGCUAUCUUGGGUGAAAUUCUUAUUUCAUGUUCAUUAAUACAAUGGAGCAUCCGGUUCUCAAUAUAACAGCUCACAAUUAUACAAAUAAGGGCAUUACAUGUAUGUCUAGAUGUUGGCUUAUGUGGAUCUUUCUAU